AUGACGGUGUCAGCGCUGCCCCCGCCCCGGGACAUUAACGCUGGGUCACAUUUCCACUCUGUCAGCUCCACGCUAACGGCGCUGGUGGACCCGCGUGCACAGGGAGCCCGCCGCGCCGGGCAGGAACAGCAUCAGAGGUGUCUGCAAGUGAACCCCAAAGGGCUGGAUGAGCAGAGCAAGGACUACCUGUCCCUCUACCUGCUCCUGGUCAGCUGUCCCAAGAGCGAGGUGCGCGCCAAGUUUAAAUUCUCCAUCCUCAACACCAAGGGCGAAGAGACCAAGGCCAUGGAGAGCCAGAGGGCAUGCCGCUUUGUCCAGGGGAAGGACUGGAGCUUCAAGGACUGGGGGUUUAUCUGCUGGGAUUUUCUUCCAGACGAGGCCAAUGGCCUGCUUCCUGACGACAAGCUCAGCCUGUUCUGUGAGAGGUUGAAGGUAAUGUGUGAGGAUGCCCUGUGGACUAGCCUAGAGAGCGCCGUAGAGAACGCCGCAGAGAUCCUCAUCCUGGCCGACCUGCACAGCUCCGACCAGCUCAAAGCGCAGGCCAUCGACUUCACCAACUACCACGCUGCAGAUGUGAUGGAGACGCAGGGCUGGAGCUCGAUGGCGGGCUCUCACCCUCUCCUGGCGGCGGAGGCGUACCGGUGUCUGGCGUCGGCGCGGUGGUCAGCGCGGUGCCCCUUCCUGGGUUCGCCCCGGGAACGCCUGAAACCUGCGACGCCCUGCUCCCUCUCCCUCUUUCUCUCUCUCCCUCGAUUGACACACAUUGAAGCCACAGCAAGGAAGACACAGAUGAACAGCAGUACAGACAGAUCCAGCUCAGCCCCUGCUCCAGGGCACCGGAGACCCCGUGCAUUCCCGCCCUAUCGCAGGAUGAAGGACAGCGCAGAGCGGAAGCUUCCGGAAGAUCAGGCCGCUGAACUAGACCCCGUUUCAAACCCGGGCGGGUUUGGGACCCCGGGGCCCUCAGUUCCACGUUCCAGCUUUCGCCGCUCCCUCUUUGCGAGCAAAGGGCUGGAAACCGGGGCGCUUUAAACGCCGGUGGAUUCCGCCAUUUUAAAGAUAUUUAAAAAACCAUCAGAACCAUCGCAGGCUCGUAAACAGAUAAAUCGAGUGUUUACAAAUGUUUGCGAGGCGGCGGCUCCUGACCCGCUGUCGUCCGUUCCGGAAGCUCAGAGGGAAAUCUGAGGCGGCUGCUUGACGAGGCUUCGCGGAGAUGAAACGGCCAGCCCGCCUCUCCCGCCGUCUUUCUCUCGUCUCUCUCCGCGGCUCCGCGCGGGGGGGAACCGGAGGAGGCCGCAGCGCGGGAGGCGACGGCAAUUAGCCGCCCGCCGCGGAGACGGCCCCCGAAGCCGAGCGUCCGCGCCGCGGCGAACUCCGAGAGUUACGAAAACGAGCUGCGCCAGCCAGCCUCGCCAGAGAUAAAAGGGCAGAAAAUAUAAAUUCCAAUUUUUUCUUUUUUGUGACACCUUUUGUGUUUGAAGUUUCCUCCCGGUAGCGCUAAGCGUAAUUAAAAUCCCAGAGUUCUGCGAGAGAGAGUAAAAAGGACAAGAAAGAGGACGGUAAAGCGGAGCGCGGCGGAAUUUGAUGGCGAGAAUUUGACGUUUGGCGGCGAGCUGUGUUGGGCCCGAACACCGGCCCGGUGCGUUGUUCGCUGUGCGCUUUGAUUUCCCCCUUUUUGAUUCCAGAUGAUAAGAGAAGCUCACAGCGAACGCCUUUUCAGAGAAGUUUGUUACGAAAGCCAGCGUUUUCAAAAGAUCAUUUUUUUUUCUCCUCGAAAAUUAAAUUAAAUGCAAACAACGUUUACAUUUGAUUCAUGAACGAAUAAUGACAUGAUAAAUGAAGUGAACACGUUUUUGUGUCUGAGAGAGCCAGACUACAUCUGUAAGAAAAGGCCAAAAAUAAAAAAAGCAAAAAAUAAAGACACCGUCAGUUUCUUUUUAA